UCCAAAGCUCGAUCCGAUCCAAAGCCAAGGACAGACCGUUGCCUUCCACAAAAAGACCUGGCAACCCAAAUUCAACACAAUCUGGCAUCUUUUAUCUUUUUCUGUUGCUUGGUUGUUUGUUGUUGAGACAGAUAGUUUGAGUGAACGGUCGCAACGAACCUAUCUACUCAUCCAUCUUUUUUUGUUGCCGUAGAGAGAGAGCGACAUUAGAAUUAGUAUUUGAGAAAGAAAGCAGCAUGGGUACUACUACCACUGGCAACAGCGGCGGCGAUUCGGAUUUGACUCGAACCUCUCGUCGCAGCAAAGCCAUCCAGUCUCGAUGGAAUGCAUCCUUUUUCUUAAUGGCAGUUGCUGUCUUUCUCUUGUUCAAGGCAGGCGAGGCGGGUCAGGGUGCUGUCGAGGAACCAGUGCUGGCGGAAACGCAGUCCACAGAACCAGUCAUCAUGGAUCUACUACCAUCCAUGAAUAAGAAGCAGUUGAGCCAGGAAGAAGAAGAGGCCAUGGAGCUGCAACAAAUGGUAGAAGACGUGGAAGAGUAUGAAGCUGCGCUGGCUGCUGAAGCUGCCAAAGAGCAAGCUGCCAAAGAGCAAGCUGCCAAGGAACAAACUACGAACCAAGAUAAGGAACAAACGGAACAGGUUAGAAAUAACAAGAAACAAGAGGAAUGGCAGGAAGCACGCCCCAAGGCACGAAGAGCCGCGGAGGACAAAAAGGACGACAAGAAAGAAGAAGAAAAAGAAGAAUUUAAACUACCGGAACAAAUCCCCACCAUCCCGGCGGCUUCCCAGAGUGACAAAAUCAAGGCGUUCAAACAGAAAACCCGUCCGAAAGUCCCCUAUCAAUACCAGCGUCGUGCCGUGAUUGAUCAGGACCCCUCCAAGAAGAACGAUCGCAACCGAAUCCGAAAGGAAUUGGGACAAAAGUGGGGGACAUGGAGACUCCAAGACCCCAAGUUCAAGGAUCGCCCGCAGGAGGAUUUCGCCAAGCAAUUCCCCAGUCGGGAUAUUCCCUGGAACAAAUUCCCACCAUCGGCAUGGCAAGUCGACCAGGAAUAUCUCAAAAAAUUCUUACCCGAGGCAAAGGCACUCGUCGAACGAUCCAUGGAAGCCAUCUUGGCCGAAUAUGGUUGGUCCAAGUUUGAUUUGCCAGACCAAACUUUGGAGGAGAGAUAUAUGGGAAAAGACGAAGAGCCACACAGCUUUCGAACUCCAAUUAUCAACGUUACGGAUAUUAGAGAUCUUCGACUGGGCAACGAUUACGGAGGAUGGAUCAGUGAAAAAUACUAUAGAGGGUUGAUUCGUCGCAUCAUGCAUGCCAUUAUUACCGGUGAUACAUUUACCAUGGUCAUGGGAGGGCACUCGGCAUCGGCAGGACAUGGAAACCAUUUUCAACAAUCCUACACACUCCAGUUUUUCAAAGUUCUGGAACCUGUCUUUGCGCGAUUGGGAGUCAAACUUAACACUCACAAUGUGGGAUUUGGAGGAUUAGGAACGUUGCAGUCGUCAAUGGGAUCCAAAGACUUGUACGGACAGGAAAUUGACAUGUUGAUUUGGGACUCUCAAAUGACCGAAAAAUCCAACGAGGCAUACGACUUUUUCGCGCGUCAAGCCAUUAUGGCUGGAAAGAGAGUCCCAGUGUUUCUCAAUGGCAUGCCAAAAGUAUUGGGAAGCCUGGACAAGGCCCAGGCUGCUGAGGUUGGCAUGUUGGGGGAAGGAAAAGGCGGUGUUCCCGAAAUUGUGAACGCCAAAAUGGCAGAAUCGGUCCCACAUGCCGCUCGGUACCUGCGUUGUAACGGAGAAACCAGAGGACUCUGUCGCGAAAAAGAAUACAAUGGUACUUGCUGGAUUGACAGGGAUGACUAUACGCCAAGAACAAAUCAACAGGCAGAACCAGGCGGUCGAGCGAGUUGGCAUCCGGGCUUCAGGCAACACGCCGUUCGUGGUAGACUUAUUGCUUUCCCAGUGCUGCGGGCGCUAUUGGAAGGACUGACACUAUGGGAUGAAGCAACAGACAAGAAACUACCCGUGGAGGUAUGGCAUGUCGAUGAGCACUACAAGACUCUCAAGAAAAACCUGGAGGAAAUGCCCGAGAGUGAAUCGCCGUGCUUUACUUGGAAAGACGUCGAUCCCAAGGCCAUUCUCUGCAACAAGGUGAUGAGUGCAGCUUCUGAAAUGACACCAAGGGUUUUCCCAAAAGAUACCCAUCUUCGUCACUUGAUAAAACCUGCGCUCGAUGGAUCCAAGCCUGAGCCACCUGGUUACGAAUACUCACCGCCUGACGUUUUCAAUCCAACAAUGGAGACGCCCGAUGGCGAGUUCGAUUAUCUAGCAGUGGUGGAGAACGGAGUAGACUAUCCCGAGUUUAUGGCGUUCGAUAAUUCACCUUUGCCACCAUUUGCUCUACCAACCGGAAACAAGGUGAUCCCUCUUGGUACGAAAACCGAGCUCAAGCAAGGAAAAGGAUGGGGCGUCAGAGCCCCUGGCAAUGCGGAUGGUUGCGAUGGCAGUUAUGACGGCUUCUGCAAUCGUGGCCAAUUUAAUCCUUGCUUACUUUAUGGACACAAUGACAACCGUGGGGGGCUGAGUUUUACAUCGUUUUCCGGGUGGGGCAUUUUCACGAUUCCAAAUGUGAAAGAGGGUCUCAUUUUGAUUCGUCUCGAGUGGUGGGGUUAUGGCAAGGAGCACCCGGAGACGAGGGAUUGGGAUAAAGAAAAUGACGGUGACGAAGCCUACGCGAGACGUCUUUCGGAAGAAGAUGACUUGGAGGAUGAUGCGGACGAUGCCUCCUACCGGUACCCGAACGACGCCGCCUACCCGAAUGAAACCUCAUUUGCCCCAUAUCUGGAUGAUGGCUACUACGUGGACGAGGUGGAUGAGACGUUCUAUCUGGAUGAAGCUGACACAAGGCCUUUCGCCCACUGGAAUACUACUGAGCCCGAAAGGGCUCGUCGCCUGGGUGAACCUCCGCGGCAACGAAGGCUGAAAGGGAAUGAGAACUGCAACGAAAUUAAGUUUGAGGUUAUUGUGAACGGAAAGAAGACGGAAUACAACAAGGCUAAGUUUCACGAGAGGCUCAAAAUCUUCCAACGAGUGGUUCAAGUUAUCGAAGUACUCAACGAUCCCAACCUCACCAACGGAGUGUCGCAUGAUAUCGAAAUUGCAAUGAGGAUCACUGGCUGCGGGCACACCAAUAUGUGGGUACUGUCCGGAAUAUACUGGGCAUGAGCUGUCUUUUUUCAUUUUUCAUUCCACAGCCAACCUAGCAACACCUCAUACACAAAUGCAUGAUACUCUUUAGAAUAAUGAAGUUUUUCUAGUUUGAGAAAUGAUGCGCAGC